CUCUCCUCCAAUGAGGGCUGCCGUGGCGGCUCGCGCGGGUGACGCCAGGGGGCGGGGCAGGAGGCAAGAUGGCGAAGGUCUCGGAGAUGUACGAUGUCACUUGGGAAGAGAUGCGUGAUAAAAUGAGGAAAUGGAGGGAAGAAAACUAUCGUAACAGUGAGCAGAUAGUGGAAGUGGGAGAAGAGUUAAUUAAUGAAUAUGCAUCCAAGCUCGGGGAUGACAUUUGGAUAAUAUAUGAACAGGUGAUGAUUGCUGCCCUGGACUGCAGUCGGGAUGACUUGGCAUUGUUCUGCCUUCAAGAGCUAAGACGGCAGUUCCCUGGGAGCCAUAGAGUUAAACGACUAACUGGCAUGAGAUUUGAAGCCAUGGAAAGGUAUGAUGAUGCUAUCCAGUUAUAUGACAGAAUUUUGCAAGAAGAUUCAACCAACACAGCAGCAAGAAAGCGUAAGAUUGCCAUUCGGAAAGCCCAGGGGAAAAAUCUUGAGGCCAUCCGAGAGCUGAAUGAGUAUCUGGAACAAUUUGUUGGGGACCAAGAAGCUUGGCAUGAACUUGCAGAACUUUACAUCAAUGAACAUGACUAUGCAAAAGCAGCUUUCUGUUUGGAGGAACUUAUGAUGACUAAUCCACACAAUCACUUAUAUUGUCAACAAUAUGCUGAAGUUAAAUAUACCCAAGGCGGGCUUGAAAACCUUGAGCUAUCAAGAAAGUAUUUUGCACAAGCAUUGAAGCUGAACAAUAGAAACAUGAGAGCUUUAUUUGGACUAUACAUGUCUGCCAGCCAUAUUGCUUCCAAUCCAAAAGCAAGUGCGAAAGUGAAAAAAGACAAUAUAAAGUAUGCCAGUUGGGCAGCUAACCAAAUAAAUAGAGCUUACCAGGUUGCAGGUCGCAGUAAAAAGGAGACUAAAUACUCUUUGAAGGCAGUGGAAGACAUGCUGGAAGCCCUGCAGAUCACUCAAUCAUAGGUUGUUAUGGAGUUAUAACACUGAAUUUCACAACUCUGUUCAGCCUUUUAUGUCUUCUGAGUUACUUAAGCACCCAGUGCUGUUAAAAGCAGUUCCAUUUUAAUUAGUUUAUGUGACUAUCUUAAAUCAUAUGGUUUAUAAAAAUGAAAUUGCUUAUUUAUUAAUUCAAUGAAGAAGAUGGUGAAAUCCCACUGAAAUUAAUACUUUAUCUCUCAAAGACAAAGAAAUUACAUUUAUUGCACAGCAACUCCUUUAGUUCCUUUAUGUUACAGUAAUGAUUUUAAGUCAUAACCAGGUAUAGAAAUAAAAUUGCUAAAUGAUGAAUAAGUUUGGUUAUUUAUUGGGACAACCUAUGGCAGCUUCAGUUUUCCAUGUAGAUAAUUUUAUGUAAUGUAUUGUACUUCUUUAAUUAAAACAAAAGAACAUAAUCAAAUUUGACUCAGUAAUAUUUACCAAACAGACAGACAUGAACCAUAAUGGUGCCUCAGCACAACACAGUUUAUGGGUGAAUAAAGUUGACAUACAAGUUUUGUGUUAGAGCAUUUUUAAUAUGGCAGUCUGGAAAUGGAAGCAAUAUAUGUAUGGAGUUAGCUUUAGCUGGUACAGGGAUGUGUUUAAAUGGUGUGCUGGGGUCUUUGUGGGCUAAUGUCUACUUGUCCUUUCAGCCAUCUCUUGGUACAUCUGCACGCAUCCUUUUUAUCUGUACAAUUAGGGACAUUAUGGAAAGAAUGUAUGUUCUGCUGCAUGUAUUUAAAAUUGUCUCAGUAAAACAAGUGUGGUAUUCUGCACUAGUUUUGUAUUUAGGGACAAGCUGUAACACAUGGUUUAUACAUCAUUAAUUCAGUUUCUACUAAUUCCCAGUGUUUUUAAUUAAAAAAACUAUGCCAAUUUAGUCAUUCAGACAUAAUAUCUUUAACUGGAAUUUCAGCAGUUGAUCGGGAGAACAAAAGUAAAUCGGCCAACAAAAAUUCCAGUUGCAAAUAGUCCAACACAGACUUUAUGUUGAACUUAAAAAUAAUGAAUAAUAGUUUCAUAUUUUAAAUUUCAUUUAAUAUAGACAUUGCUAAAUUAAGAUAUAUGCACUAUAAACCCCUUUCUGGGAUCCUUAAAUUACUGGGAUCAUGCAAUGUGAUCAUAAUCUAUUUUCAUUUAAAAAAAAAAAAAAAAGUUUCUGUCUCUUGUGGAUUCAAAGCAACAUGACCCAAGUUUUACUGCAGUUUGCCCAAGUCUGUUUGAACCAACAGCUCCAGGAGGUGUGAACUGCACCUUCCAUCUGAGCUCUGUAACAUGCUGUCAUAUACAGAAGAGUGGUGCGAUGACUUGGGGUCUGUUUAGAGUCCCACAUUGUUGUAAUUCAACCCUGCUACAUACUCUGUGGGGUAUGUUACAAGGGACAGAGUAAAUCCAUGUUCCAGGACUGUUUCCCCUUGUUUGGUUGACCACAGAACCGAAACAAAAAUCAUGAGUUAAUUCUACGUUGAGUUGUUAGAACAAAACAUGAUAGAAAAUUUUGGUUAAAAAGUUGAAAAAAUGGCAAAUCUAUUUUCUACCAUAGACUUUUUUAAAUGUAACGCCAGUGCUAUGUACAAUUUUAUUUUUAAUGAGUUUCCUUUGAAUUGGUCAUGUAUUGUAAUUUUUUAAUAUUCUCAGCAUAGUUAUAAAGUAUAAAAGUGAUUUUUUUUCAAUAUUAGGAAUGGAUUUUCACUGUUAA